CCCUCAUUUUUUUAAAAAUAAUAUCCCCUCAAGUUCCAACAGGAAAGGAGGAAAAGAGGUCAGCAGCACUGACUAGGAUCUUUGUUUCCCUUAGAUCACUGCGAAAUCCACUUGAACGCCACAAGUAUCUGCUAAAACCGUCGGCUCUCUAAAAGAUUUCCCUUCUUUUGUUUCUGUUUCCGUUUCUUGGAAUCGAAAUCCUCGAAAAGCAAUGGACCCACUCUCCGCCCUCCGCGACUUCACAAUCCGGGGCGAGCUCGACAAAAUCGUCCGAGUCAACGACGAAUUCCGCUUCGGCACCGACUAUUCCUUCCCAUGCUCCGGCGAGACCGCCUACCGUUCCAAACAAGGCAACCUCUACACUCUCGAAACCUUGGUUUUCUACAUCCAAAACCACCAUCUCAAGCACACGGAUUACAUGCACAACUCCCUCUCUCUCCGCAUCCCCGCCGUCACUUUCACCGACCGUAAACCCCUCCUUGAUUACCUUACCGGAAAAGUUUCCACCUCCGAUUCCAUUGUUUGGAACCCACCGAAGUUCCCCGACGAGUUUCGACCCGAUCCCUCUGGGUUCGAUCCUGAUAGCAGUAAACCCAAAGGUAAUACCAAUGAUGUUGUUUUGGAUGAAAUUGGAGAUAUUCAUUUCGAUAUUAAAGAUAAAGAGACAGAACUUGCGGAUUAUAUGGGAAUAAUUCGAUCAAUUGAGAAGCCUUUGAAGGAUAGAGAAGGGAUUCUGGAAUGUAAAAAUAGGGAUUUUUAUAGUGUUCUUGUUGCAUCAACGAAAAGGGAAGAAGAAAGGCAGAGACUUGAGUCUCAGCAGAGGAAAGAUGGGUUAGUUGCUAAGAGUAGAUUAAUGGGGGCUGAAGAGAGGCGAUUGGGGUUAAGUUAUGGGGAUGAAAUGGUGGGAUAUGAUUCGAAGCCGAAAAUGCAUUUGAAAGGGAGCAAAAUUGGGGAAGGAGUGCCUAUUAUUUUAGUGCCGAGUGCGUUUCAGACUUUGAUUACUAUUUAUAAUGUGAAGGAGUUUUUGGAAGAUGGGGUUUUUGUGCCUACUGAUGUGAAAGUGAAGCAGAUGAAAGGGGCAAGACCAGAGUGUGUUACUGUGCAGAAGAAGUUUAGUAGGGACAGAGAUAGGGUAGUAACGGCGUAUGAAGUGAGGGAUAAGCCUUCUGCUUUGAAGCCGGAAGAUUGGGAUCGUGUUGUGGCAGUAUUUGUGUUGGGGAAAGAGUGGCAGUUCAAGGAUUGGCCUUUCAAGGAUCAUGUGGAGAUUUUUAACAAGAUUAUUGGAUUUUUUAUGCGAUUUGAAGAUGACAGUGUAGAGUCUGCUAAGAUUGUGAAGCAAUGGAAUGUGAAGAUUAUCUCGAUUAGCAAAAAUAAGAGACACCAAGAUAGGGCUGCAGCGCUGGAGGUCUGGGACAGACUAGAAGAAUUUGUGCGAUCACGAUCACAUUCCUGAACUGUGAAGCUUUUAGGAAACAUUUAUAUGUGUGAAUUGAAGAUGGAAUCACUAUGAUGAUAUAUGAGAACUAAGUUGUGUGAGUGAACAUCAUUGAAGAUGGUUACUCUUGGCCAAUGGUUUUCUUUUAUCGAGUGCCAAUGCACACCAAAGGUCUUUCCAUCACUGUGACCUUUUAAAAUUCUGCUAGAAGGAAUUCUCUGAUUGGAAUACUGACUUAUGCAGAGCAAGGUGGUUCUCCAGAUGCUUCUCCUUAUACUUCCGUGCGAGUUAAUGGUAAAGCAGCAUUAGGAAAUUACAAACUUAUGAUUAUCAAUUCUCCUAUUUUAUAGCUGUUGGUUGACCCCAAUAUGUGCCAGAAUUGCAAUAUUGUUUUCCUGAGUGUAUAGACUUGUACAUGUUUUGAGCUUCAACUUUUGUUCA